GGCGCGCACGCGCUCCCGUCUCCAGGCAACGGGAAUAACAGAGGCCACCUGAGAGCGCCUGCGCGGCGGUCGGUUGAGGUGGGGGGUCUGGUCUGGAAAACUAAGUCCUGGUGCCAGCUUCCCCUGAGCAGGAACGGUCGCCAGUGACUCAGGUACGCGGAAGGGGGGGACAGACAUGGGGUCAGCGCCUCGACCCCCCCAAGGGCUCCAUGGACAGAAGAGCGAGGGCUUGUUCCCACAGCCGAAUCCCCAGUGGGGGCGCCCCGGCUGACCUCGUAACACAGAGCGUGACUUCGGCAUUCCGGAUCUAAAAGCUGCAGCGUCAGGUGGCCCCCAGCUCUCAGAUUACAGACCUUCCGCCGUCCGUACCGCCGGGACUUCUUGGGUGAGAGUUUGGCAGCCAGGCACCUGCUGCAGGCCCUGUGUUUGGAGUCAAGCACGGUGCCAGCAAGAGCCAAGCCCUGAGAGCUCUCUUGUGCCAGUCACUUACCUCUGGGCCUUAGUUUACUCACCUGUGAAAUGAUAGGGCUGGAUUGAGUCCUAAGGCCCCUAAAUGCCAGUCAUGUAACUGAGCGAAACGUUCAGUUUAUGGGUGAAGAACCGAGCCAGCAAGGGGAAGCUGCUUGUGCUGUGUCACAGGCCUAAACCUUGACUUUCAAUUCGAUAGCUCUUGCCAUUAAAUCUUUCCGCCCAUCCAUACUGUGUAUGGCAGGAGCAUCACUGUGUAUGGCAGAGGCUGGUACUGGAAUAAAGCUAGGUGGCAGGAACACCCGUGUCACGUUCGUUUUUCUAUUCUCAGGACCUAGUUAAGUACCCACAGGAAAUAAUAAGCAUUCACCAAAUGCUUAUUGGAGGAAAGCUCUGGCAUGCCCAACACCACUGUUCCUAAGAAGUUCAAGAGAAUAUGUAGGCUUCAGUCCAGUCCCUGAAUGGCUGGUCUCCAGUUGGCGCCACAUCUGCCUGUGGGCGUUAUGCUCCCAUAUAAUAAAGCGGAAGCUCCAGGGCUCCUCUCAGCUAAGCAAGAGCCCUGUGAAAAAGGUGACUCUCCUCAGCGGUCCUCAAUGGGGCACCCGAGGAACAAUUUCCAGCAGAAGCUUUUGAGCAACAAAGAGCUGAUGCCGGAGAAUCUCUACACUCCCUCCAAAUGGAACACGUACAGCAAAGCUUGGAGCUACUCCUAUCCCCAGUGUGUUGGAAUCAGCCAGCAGGAUUCCAGAAGCAGUCCCCAGGGCCAAGCAAAGGGUUUGUUUUACUCAUCAGAUCCUCAGUCCUGGUAUCCCAAAGCAGAUAACCAGGAAUUCAUCCCCUUUACAAAGAAGCGAGUUGGGGUGGACCGGGCAUACCCACUGAAACCUGUGUUCCACAGGAAGUCUCAUAGUACGAGUGAGGCUGCCAUUGAUGGGGACCAGAAUGUCUCUCCAAGACCCCCUGAACCAAGAGGGUUUCCAUACAGCAGCGUUGGUUCAAGGAACUGGGAGAAUUCAUCUGGGGUUUGUGCUGUUGCUGCCACACAGGAGGAGAGGGCCGUGGCAUAUCCCAACAGGACUGAACGGGUGCAGAUCCAAAGACUAGAAGCUGCAGGGGAGAGCUUACGGGAGGAAAUCCGAAGAAAAGAGACCCUCCUAAGGGAAAAGCUGAAGAAGACAGAGGAGGAACUCAGAAGGAUCCAGAAAGAAAAGGAACAGGCUAAGGAAAAUGAAAAAAGAGAGCUACAGAGAAUGACACUCCCCAGGAGGAGAGUUAAAGGUAAUAGCAACACCACAUACAAAUCUACCUUCUCCCCAGAACUGGGGGCUGAGGAGGUCUUCAGCAGACACAGGGGAGAGGAUGAAACUAGAGGAUGGCCUCAAGAAAAUUCUAGUCCACUCCAGUUCUCUGAUGAUGGAAUACAGAAGCUCAAAAGGGAAAGACUGGUGGCAAGCAAUAACAAAAUCCGAGACUUAGUCUCAGGGCCACCAAAAGAGUUCUCUCAGUCUUCAGGAGUGCCAGGCCGUGCUUCACGGGGAUCCACCAGCAAUUCUAGUCUGUCUAGGGCACCAGACUCCUCAGUUUCCAGCUGUUCUACCGAGGAGCCAGAACUUGGCGAAUGUAGCCAUUGUGGACGCAAGUUCCUGUUGCUCAGACUGGAGAGACACUCCAACGCCUGCAGCAGGAUGCAGAGUUCCAAGAGGAAAGUGUUUGACUCCUCCAAGGCCCGGGCCAAGGGCACAGAACUAGAGCAGUACUUGAACUGGAAGGGAUCAGCCUCAGUCCAGGCUGAACCUCCUCGGAAGAGCAACUGGAGACAGAAGCAUGAGUCUUUCAUCUGUACCCUCCGUCAGGCUCGAGAAGUCCAGCAGGUAAUUGCCAAAGGUGGAAACCCCUCAGACUUGCCUCCUAUCCUGCCUGCAGAAAAUCCAGAUCAUAUUCAGUGUCCUCACUGUAGUCGCCACUUUGCCCCCAAGGUGGCUGAGCGGCACAUUCCCAAGUGUAAGACCAUCAAGAACCGGCCUCCACCUCCAAGGAAGCAUCCCAGUUGAGCGGACAACAGUGGAAGCCUCCUUGAUAAUUCAGAAGGCUCUGCUUCUCUUCAGCAGUCAAUGGGAGUAGAAUAAUUUGAUGGAAAACAGAACUAAAAGUUUUAUACCUCCCCCAUCUGCCUGCAGAGCUUCAAUCAGUGAGGAGAGACCCUUUGCUAAGCAGCAGGAGGCAAAAGGAAGCCUCAGCUUCCCACUAAAUUACCAGCUCAGGCUGGAGUGCCUUGUUAUUGCCCUAAGAACGGAGGAGGGCUGAAGACACUCGAGAGGCGAGCGGGCUACAUUAAAGCUCUGUUCUUGCAAGCCCGA